CUGCCCUGGCUGCCCAGGAACCAUGAGCCCUGCAGCUCCGGUCCCGCCCGACUCCGCCCUGGAAAGUCCUUUUGAAGAAAUGGCCCUGGUGAGGGGCGGCUGGUUGUGGAGACAGAGUUCUAUCCUCCGCCGCUGGAAGCGGAACUGGUUCGCCCUGUGGCUGGAUGGGACCCUGGGCUACUAUCACGAUGAGACCGCACAGGACGAGGAGGACCGUGUGCUCAUCCACUUCAAUGUCCGUGAUGUGAAGAUUGGCCAAGAGUGCCAUGACGUACAGCCCCCAGAGGGCCGGAGCCGAGAUGGCCUGCUGACCGUGCAUCUGCGGGAGGGCUCCCGCCUGCACCUGUGCGCAGAGACCAGGGAUGACGCCAUGGCAUGGAAGGCAGCGCUAUUGGAGGUGAACUCCACCCCGGCCCCAGCUGGAGCCACAGUCCCUCCUAGGAGCCGCCGGGUUUGCCCUAAGGUCAGGUGUGUGACCCGCUCAUGGAGUCCCUGUAAGGUUGAGAGGCGAAUCUGGGUGCGUGUCUACAGCCCGUACCAGGACUACUAUGAGGUGGUGCCACCUAAUGCACACGAAGCCACCUACGUCCGCAGCUACUACGGGCCUCCCUACGCAGGCCCCGGCGUGACGCACGUGGUAGUACGGGAGGAUCCCUGCUACAGCGCGGGUGCCCCGCUGGCCAUGGGCAUGCUCGCGGGGGCCGCCACGGGCGCCGCGCUGGGCUCGCUCAUGUGGUCGCCUUGCUGGUUCUGA